AUGUCUUCCUACUACGACACUGUGAGAUACCCUUCUGUUUUCCUUCAGAGAGCUAAAGACUAUGCCAAUUUUGUCACUCUUAGCCAGUCUCCUGGCUUCCAGAGCGGUGCUAGCAAUUGGGAUGUGCGAUAUCUUUUCGCGAGCCGAGUCAUCUGCACUGCCCCGGAAUGGCAUCUUUUAUUUCUUGAUGGAUUCUUUCCCGAACACCUGAUGGAGGUUCACCCUUGCAUCCAGGACCUCAUUUCCGGACCGUUGGACCUCCAGCUUGCUGAGCUGUGGGAGCCACAGAUCGUGCAGCUGUGCCAGCCAGAUAGUCUGGGCUAUGUUUGGGCAGCUUUGGCACCAUUUGUGAGAGCUGAGAGAACGCGCGCAGUCGAAAGAGGCAAUUCUGAGGAGGGAGAUUCCACUGAAGGAGAGCUCCCAUCGACUCCCGAAAGGCCUAGACGUGAAAGGACGCAGGCUGUCUAUGACCACUUCGUCCCCUCAGAUAGCUUUGUAAUUGGGAGCUCUUCACCUAAUCGUCCACCCACAUCUUCAGGGGCCUCUGAACACAGCAUAGGUUAUAGAGGGAAAGUUUAUGCUCCUCUCCUAGAAGAUGCUACCAUACGUCUAGCCAGCUCCUUUGUUCGAUGUGUGCUUAACUACGCACAGCCAAUAAACAAGGCCGGGCCGUUCGUUCACUUCCGCGAUGUACGACUAACUCAUCGCUAUCAAACUAGCAUUGAAAACGUGACGGUUGAGGCUAUAGAUGACGGAGGACUUCAAUUACUCGGAAGGAAUGGCGCACUCCUUCAGGUCGCUCUCCUAGAAGGGAAACGGGCGUUCCAAACGAUCGUUGAUGGAAAGCCCAGAAUCUCUGACGAGCUGCUUGCUCAGCUUGUCGGAGAGGCACUGGCUCUGAGUCAAAGCGAAACAAGUUUAGCUCUCUCGACGGAUGUCAUGUCGAUUCUUGCAGUUUCAGAUUGUGUCAAAUUUUUUCGGUUCAAAUUCUCACCAGAGUUUAUCCAAAAUUACGAGACAGUCCCUAUGCUUGACAAUAUGGAGGAUAACUUCUUGCAGGUUGACUCUACAGAGUGGCUGAGUAUCAAAACGCCGGACCACCGAGAACUAAUUGUAUCUCAUCUGCUAGCCAUUAUAUCAUGGGCAGAUACUUUGGUGUGA